UUCCUGUGUAACAUAACAAUGUGUCUGCAGGAAUGGAGUUUUCGGGCUGUGUUGCGGAGACUGGAUCAAACGUUACAACUCUUCAAAAAGGUGACCGUGUUAUGGGCGUUAGUGGUGGGAGUGCCAUGGCAGAGGAGUGUAUUGUGGACCAAAAGGUCCUGUGGAAGAUUCCUAAAGAGGUGGGCUAUGAGGAGGCGGCUGCCCUGCCGGUGUCCUAUGGUACAGGGCUCCUGGCACUGCAGCAUCGUGCAGCAACACAGCCAGGGGAGAUAGUACUGGUCACUGCUGCUGCUGGAGGGGCAGGUCUGGCUGCGGUUGACAUUGCCGCCCAUGUUCUCCAGGCAAAGGUAAUCGCUGCAGCAGGCAGUGAUGAGAAAUGUGCCUUGGCUGUGUUGAAAGGAGCGUAUGCCAGUAUAAACUACAACACCUCCAACCUGAAGGAGGAGCUGAAGAAGCUGACCAAUAAAAAAGGAGUGAAUGUGGUAUUUGAUGCUGUGGGUGGGGACAUCUUUAAAGAUGCACUCAGUAGUCUGAGCUGGGAGGGCAGGAUUGUAGUGGUAGGGUUUGCAGGAGGGUCUAUACCCUCUGUUCCUGCUAAUCUGCUGCUUCUGAAGAACAUUUCGGCAAUGGGCGUGUUCUGGGGGCGGUACAGAGAGCAGGAUUUCCCAGUAUUCUCCCAGUCCAUUUCCAGCGCUAUCCAACUCUGCCAAGAGGGGAAAAUCAGACCUCACAUUGGAGCCGUUUUCAAGCUUCAGCAGGUAAAUGAAGCUUUCCAGCACGUGAUGCAGCGCGCUUCAGUUGGAAAGGUGGUCCUAUCUAUGAAAUAAAGCAUAUAAGAAGAGCCAUUGAU